AUGAAUAAUCCACCAAAGGUAGUAAAAUCUGGUGCCAAAAAUGAAAUUAUGCCCACUAUUUGCAAUGAGGAACUAGCACAACAACUCUAUAUGGUAGCAAGAAGCCAGUAUGCAACACCAGCUACCAAGGUACCAAAAAGUGACUCUAGUAAAGCCACGUAUGAUGACGCCCAACAACAAAACUGCUAG